AGGACUCAUAACUACAGCAGUAAAAGAUCAGGAUUACUGUAAAGAGAAGAAUGGAUAUGAGUGAGGAGAUUUAUCAAAAUGUAGAAGUAGCAGCAGACUAUGGAGCUGAUUUCAGUGACCGCGAGCAAUCAUAUGUUUCUGUGAAUGAAGACAAUUUACAGACCCAGAGGACUGGAAGCUUCAAGCCACCUGAGAGCUCAGGAGGAGAAACUACAAGGAGCAGAAGAUGUUACAGACUGACUGCACUGUGUCUGCUGCUGCUGUGUGUUCUCCUGCUGACUGCCAUCACAGUGCUGUGGAUCAAAUUUAACAGCCUUAUUAAAGAAAAAGCCAAGUUGGAGACCAGUCACAACACCUUGACUGAAGAGAAAGAGAAGUUUCAUACCAGAUACAACAACCUGACUGAAGAGAGAGAGAAGUUACAGACCAGAUACAACGCCCUGACUGAAGAGAAAGACCAGUUACAGAGCAGAUACAACACCCUGACUGAAGAGAAAGACCAGUUGCAGACCAGAUACAACACCCUGACUGAAGAGAAAGAGAAGUUACAGACCAGAUACAACACCCUGACUGAAGAGAAAGACCAGUUACAGAGGGAUAAAGAGAACUCCAGUGUUUACUACAUCUCUAAUAAAGAGAAGAACUGGGCUGAUAGCAGAGAGUACUGUAGACGGAAGGAAGCAGACCUGGUGAUCAUAAACAACGAAGAAGAACAGGAGUUUAUCAUGACACAUCUGGGCAACAGACAUGCUUGGAUUGGUCUAAGUGACACAGAUGCAGAGGGCAGUUGGAAAUGGGUGGAUACUACACAUCUGACCACUGCGUACUGGCAAAGUGGGGAACCGAAUAAUAUAGGCGAUGAGGACUGUGUAGAGAUUUUUGGUAAUCAACUAAAGGGCUGGAAUGAUCUUCGAUGCUCAAUGAAAAUGUUAUGGAUCUAUCCUUGCAACAUUAUCAAGCUGCAACUUGAGGUGAUGGUCGUGGAUGAAUGGCACAACAAUGGGCCUCAAAUGCACCUGUGUUUGUUGUCAAUAACAUACACCUGCCCAUACCAUAACCCCACUGCCACCAUGGGCCACUCAAUGAACAACGUUGACAUCAGCAAUCCGUUCACCCACAUGAUGCUGUCUGCCAUCUGCCCUAUACAGUGA